GGUCCUUCAGAAGGCGUUUUCAUCAGAGAAGCUUCAAUUGCCAAAGUAGCCAUUAGACGAAAGCAGUUUUCCUUUCCGUUUGCCUCAAACAUAUCUGUGGAAAAAUAUAAUUCUUUCAUUGAAAGCGAAGAGAUAAGCGAAUACAAGCUUAAUUAUAAAAAGGUCACUGUAUAUAUAGUUGAAAUGUGUUCGACUGAAUAUGAUACAGUUAUUGAUAUUAUUGGAAAAUACUUCAACGUCCUUUGUCCUAGCAUGUAUAGUAAUGCUCCAAUAAAAGUUUGUGAGCAGCCACGUAAGGGAUUUCUUUCCAAUUUACUUGAUCUAUCACUUCUUAUUGUAUUCUAA